GUCCUUCCGGUCGGUGGGAGUUGAACUUCCGGUAGCGCGUCUGGUGGAAGGUUGGCGGGGCUGAUAGGCGCCGGGUGGCACUCUGGAGCAUGUGAAACGACCCCAGAAUCUCGAGUUCCAGUAUGUGGUAUAUAAUGCAGAGCAUUCAGAGUAAAUAUUCGUUGUCUGAGCGUUUGAUCCGAACCAUUGCCGCCAUCCGUUCCUUCCCGCACGACAAUGUUGAAGACCUUAUUAGAAGGGGAGCGGAUGUUAACUGUAUGCACGGCACGCUGAAGCCAUUGCACUGCGCUUGCAUGGUUGCAGAUGCAGACUGCAUUGAAUUGCUGUUGGAGAAAGGCGCCGAGGUCAAUGCCCUUGAUGGGUACAACCGGACGGCCCUUCACUACGCAGCGGAAAAGGACGAGACUUGUGUGGAGAUCCUUCUAGAAUACGGGGCCAACCCAAACGCUCUGGACGGUAACAAGGACACUCCGCUGCACUGGGCUGCCUUUAAGAACAACGCCGAGUGCGUCCGAACGCUUUUGGAAAGCGGAGCCUUUGUCAAUGCUCUGGAUUACAACGACGACACUCCCCUGAGCUGGGCAGCGAUGAAGGGCAACCUGGAGAGCGUGAGCAUCCUUCUGGAAUACGGGGCAGAGGUCCGGGUGGUCAAUUUGAAGGGGCAGACGCCCAUCUCCAGGCUGGUAGCCCUGCUGGUCAGAGGACUCGGCACCGAGAGGGAAGAUUCCUGCUUCGAUCUCCUACACAAGGCUGUCGGACACUUCGAAUUACGGAAGAACGGCGCCAUGCCCCGUGAAGUCAUGCGGGACCAGCAGCUGUGCGAAAAGCUCACCACCCUGUGCUCUGCCCCCGGCACCCUGAAGACACUGUCCCGUUACGCCGUGCGCCACAGCCUGGGAGUCCAGUUCCUGCCGGAUGCAGUGAAGGAGCUCCCAUUGCCAGAGUCUCUGAAGGAAUAUGUCUUGCUUAAGUAGACGAGAAAAAGCUUUGUGGGGUUCUGUUAGUUGCACCAAUCAGUCGUCUACUAUGUUGCUCCUUUCCUGGCAUUUCAUGUGGACUAUAGUAGGUUAUGUGAAAUAGAUUCUGCAGCUUUCUCGGUCACCUUGUAGGCAAAAGGGCUGCUCGGUCUGGCAACAGCCAGUUGUUUCCCUUGGCUCUUUGCUCUUUCAGAAAAAGCUGUCGGAAGAUGUCUUUGGUGGCCCUUUGCGUUAACGGACCUGCUGUUUAUACCCUGCAGGCAGAACGUUGCUAUAACCUUAGUGAAAAUUUCUGCUGAGACUGCUUGAUGGAAGAAGGGGAUGCAGAAUUGUCAUCUGAAGGCGCUUCUUGUACUGAUGGGCAUCAGACUGACUCUUAACUGGGGUGGGGGGGUGUUAGCAUCUUUAUAUACAGUGGAGCAUUCUGGUGGCCCUACUUUCCCGUUUCUAGCCUUAUACUUUGGGAUAUGCAAGCCUCCUCCAUAGCUUCAUUUGGUAGCAGGAGAGCGAAGUGUUCCUUUCAGGGAGAGCAGCAGCUUGAUGGAUUUGAGCAUGGAGUCUGGUGGCCACUACUCGGACUACCUUCUUUAUGUCUAUCCUAUUCCCUGGUGCCCUAUAAGCAGGUGUUGUGAUGUCCUUUUGAAAAUACCUUUGGAUCAUGUUUUUCUUAAGUUUGGCCAGGUCUAUACAUGAAUUAGAUCAAGGCGGUGGAACCUUGAAGUGCGCUGUAGGAUUUCAUCCUCCAGUUGCAGAGUAUGACAUGAGAAUGCUCCCUUGGGUAGGGGAGUGGGGAACAAACUCCCCAAAGUAGGCAAAAAAAAAAUAGCAUUUUGCCCAGCUGUCCCCCUCUGCUGGACUUCUGUCAUCAAGGAGGUUGGUGGAGGGAGGGGGGACUAAGACACGAAAAAGCAUUCAAAAUGGGGCAGCUCGUUCAUCGGGAGCUAGCAGUAAGUGUCCCAACCAGGCCACUUGGCUCAUGACUUGAAACAUGGGAGGUAAUUUUUAAAAACAAAAUAUAGUUGUGAGACUAGUCCAAGUGCGUGUGCUGAGUAGGGUAAUAAGUGAGCUGUUUUCUGCACUGUGUGUUUUGCGUAUCUUCAGCUUGACUUGCCGCGCCGGAAUAAUGCUUUGCUUACUGCGUUCAGCUAAGCGAUAGUGGCUCCUCUCAUAUUCAGCCAGAGCCUGCUUUGCCUUCAUACGCACCGCUUCUUUUUAACAUUGGCUAUUUUUUUUGCUUAAUUUUCAGUGUGUGUGGGGUGUGUAAGGGGGAGAAAUAAAAACUUUGGGAGCACGGACUUGCUUCUUGGGGAAGUUCACCUCCUGCUCGGGCCAUCCAGCCUUCUGAUAAUACAUUCGGACUGCCCCUCUGCCCUGUAAUACGGACUGCAAUCAGAACUAUUCCUGGAAGAUGUUGCUGCCUUUGUAGUGGCCGGGGUGUGCGGAGGGAACAAGGCUUCCUUGUUCAGGCUGGGCGUGUGUUUGUGGAUGCCCCUGCAAAGGGGGCUUAACUUUUCAAUGCAUGCUGCAGCUCUUCUUGGAGAAUACAGGAUGGGAGUCGGUGCCCUGAUCAGUAGACUUUAGUAUGAGUUAUGAUUGUGGUGCCCUUAUAUAAAGAGCCAUUCGCUUCUUGGGAGAUACAUUUCUGCUCUCAAUAUGAGCAAGUCAGGAACACUGGCCCCCGUUUCUGAAUACUGUAGGUCCUGUCUUCCAUCGAGAGAUGCUCAAGUGCAAUGCAGUACUCCCCCCCCCCCCCCGAGCUGUGGGCCUGUCUAAGCACAUGCCGAUCAUUCAGGAUCCAUGUUCUGGGAGGUGCUGAUCAUGCUGAGAUUCCCAAGUCCCCUUUUGUAAGUGUUUCCCUUUGGUGAGGCAGGGUGCGUUCAGCAAGCCAGUGAUUAUUUGUGCAGGGGGGCAUAAAGAGUUUGAUUAAACUUGC